CGAUAGCAAAAGUUUGACGCAUGCGCAUUUUUAAAACGUCAAUUCGUUUUGGUUUUGAUCAAGAUUUUGAUAAAAAAAUGAAAUAAUGGCGCUUCAGACAUCUUAUUUGCCAAAUUAUUUCUCCGUCGAUGACAUUCUAGCGACUCAAGAAAAAAUUCCUUGCAAGUUUGUUCAAAACAUACUCAAAUUAGGAAAGUUAAAUCCAGCUACAGAGGAUACAGAUCUAAAAUCUGGCACGGUGUUGGAGUUACCACUAUGGCUAGUACUCGAAAUUACUCUAAUGAGACAACCUGUGAUAGCCCCAGAUUUGCCAAAAGUUUACAAGGAUACAUAUCUUGAAAUUCUCAAAGCUGAUCCUUGUGCAGUUGAUUUGCAUAAGUUUGGUGUUUAUUUUUAUGAAUUGGGGUCUUAUGUAAAACGUUUUACUCAGAAUUAUGAUAUAGCAGAAGCGUUAUUACAUACGUUUACAUUGCGAUUUAGACAAAUCAUGGAUUUAGCAGACAACUUUAUAUCUGAUCCUAUUGUUAUAGAAAAAUUGGAUGCUCUAGAAAAAAGGUUGUAUGAAAGUGGGCAUGAUGCUAGAAUGAAGUUAAUUUCAUGGUUGAAAGUAUCAGAAAUACCUUUAGAAGCAGCCACUAUGGUGACCAAUCAUAAAAAAAGGAAGAGAGUAGAUGAGGAAUUUUUUUAAAUAAACAAGUUACAUAUUUUUAUAAAAUAUUUAUAUUAAUAUAAAGAAACGUAAUAUUGCCAC